UAGACAGAUAUAGCAGCAGCUGGAGUAACAGUGUCUCACACUGAGUGUUCUCUGCCUUCACUCAAGCGAACUGGUUCUGGGUAACAGCACCGCUCCGUGAGGUGCUACACGGCCACAUACAGCCAGAAUGGAGAUUUCACCUGAAGAUGACGAUGGCGGCUCAUCAUUACCCAAUGUAGAAUACAAGGGCGCUCACCAGGCAUUCAGGGACCGCUGGAAAGAGACAGAUGACACCAUGUGUCGCCACAGCAUGUCCUUCCACCUGCACCACUCGCUGAGGAGCGAGUUCUUCGCCAGCUACCUGUACCUGGUGGAGAAGAUUCCUCUGGUGAAGCUGUUUCCAGUCACCUGUGAGUACAUCAAAGGAGAAAAACAAUUUUACUACAGAGCUCAGAAGUUCUAUGAGGACGUCCCCGCCUCGGAGGAAGGCAUGCUGGGAGAUUUUGUGGAGAUAUGCAACAUUGAUCUGGAGGGUUCCCGGCAGUUUCUGAAGAGGUUUGUGGGGCCCGGUAAGGCUGGCACACACUGCGCCCUGGACUGCGGCUCCGGGAUCGGCCGUGUCACCAAAGGCGUCCUCCUUCCUGUGUUUGAGAAAAUGGAGAUGGCGGACAUGAUGGAGCAUUUCCUGCUCCAUGCGCACGAGGAGUACCUCGGCGACGACGCCGACCGCAUCGAGACCUACUACUGCUACAACCUGCAAGAGUUCACACCUCCAAAAAAUAAGUACGACGUCAUCUGGAUGCAGUGGGUGGCAUGCCACCUAACGGACAAGGACCUGGUGAACUUCCUGUUUCGCUGUAAGAAGAGUCUGCGUCCGAACGGCGUCAUCAUAAUAAAGGACAAUAUGGCGCGGCAGGGCUGUAAGCUGGACCCCAUCGACAGCAGCAUCAGCCGCCACCUGGACAUCAUGAGGGUCAUCAUUGCCAAGGCCGGCCUGGAGAUCUUGGAUGUAGAGAGGCAGCAAGGCUUCCCAGAGAUUAUCAUGCCUGUCUGGAUGAUUGCGAUGAAAUAGAAGUGACAUCUAUUUUAAAAAGGUUCAGAUUAUCAAUGCUAAAUUUGGAGGAGAAACCGACCUGAAUUCGCAUUUUAUCACUCUUUUAAGUCCAGAUUUGUGAUCAUGUAUCUGAAAACCACAACACAACGUGAAAACUUCACGAUGUCAUCAGGAGAUAAAUUCUGAGUCGGCGGUGUGGACGGCAUGAUGGCACCCGGGGUGAUUUUAUGGAGACAGUAGUUCUUUCUCUGCUCAGCGCUGAAAUGAAAUAAAGCUUUUACAUGGACAUUGAACUUCUACAGAAGCACUCUGUACGUCCGCAAAGCUGGACUGUAAUAUAUCGUCAGCCGACUACCUCUGGG